UCUAUAGACACACAUAUUCACAUAAGCUUUAUUACAAGGUAUAGAGAAAGCAAAGUGGUAACUUCAAUGGCCGGAAAUGUGGCAAUGGUUAUGGAUGAUGAAGAGAAUGUCUACACUGGCUCUGGCAGAAGAGUUCAACCUUUCUCCACACAAAAACCAGAACAGUCAUGGAAUGUUGAUGAGGAAAGUAAGAAGCAGUCCAACCCUACCACCCUUAGUGGUCUAUUGGGUUUAAACGAGUUUGUCUCCUUGGAGGUUUGGAGAGCAUCAUUGGCUGAGGUUGUAGGCACCGCUUUGCUGGUGUUUGCACUUGACACCAUCGUGAUAUCUUCAUUUGAGUCCAAAGCAAGCUCACCAACUCUUGUCAUGGCAAUCCUAAUCGCCGUAAUUGUCACAAUUCUCCUCCUUGCCACCCACCCUGUCUCCGGCGGCCACAUUAACCCCAUCAUCACAUUCUCUGCCGCACUUGUCGGCAUUAUCUCCUUCUCACGUGCAACCAUCUACAUUUUAGCUCAGUGUGUUGGAGCCGUGCUAGGUGCACUAGCACUCAAAGCUGUGGUCAAUAGCACCAUUGAAGAAACGUUCUCUUUAGGUGGUUGCACCCUCACAGUCGUUGCACCAGGGCCCAAUGGGCCCAUUGUGGUGGGCUUAGGGAUGGCCCAAGGUCUAUGGCUAGAGAUCUUUUGCUCCUUUGUGUUUCUUUGGGCCUCGGUAUGGAUGGCCUUUGAUCAUCGUCAAGCCCAAGCCCUUGGAAAAGUAGUAGUCUUUACGAUUAUUGGGCUGGUGGUGGGUCUGCUUGUUUUUAUCUCGACAACAGUGACUGGUGCUAAGGGCUAUGCUGGGGCUGGAAUGAACCCAGCUAGGUGCUUGGGUGCGGCUGUUGUACGUGGUGGCCACCUCUGGUAUGGCCAUUGGGUGUUUUGGGCUGGACCCAUAAUUGCUUGUGUGGCGUUCUACUUGUACACCAAGCUUAUUCCACGCCAACAUUUUCAUCAUUCUGAGGGGUUUAAGCACGAUUCUUUUAAAAUUGUGAAACGUAUAAUAAGUUAGAUAACUUUAGUAAAAUGUUUUAUAUUAUGUAUUGAAAAAUAACAAAUAAUUAUCGUAUUUGUUAAGAGGGAAAGACGAUUGGAAAAGUAAUUUAAAAAAUGAAAUUAUAGAAGGCUAAUUGUGUUUGGUAUAAGAUGAAGGAAUGAGAAAAUGAUAAUAUUUAUUUGAACCUUUUAGAAGAGAAAAAAGAAUAUUUAUUUGAA